AUGGCAACACGGAAGAAUCAAAGCGGGAAAGAGCCAAUCUCAUCACGGGUUUAUGGUGAUGAUGAUGAUGAUAGUGAUACUAGUGAUACUGAAGAUAGUAGUAAGCGUAAGGUUCGUGCGCGUCAUCUGACCAUGAGUCGUCGAAAGAAAAAAGAGGAAAAAGAGAAAAAGAAGCGAAUGAGAAUGACUCAGGUCACUAUGGGGGGUGUACCGCUUCAGACUCGGUCUAGUCAGCCGAUUAAUGUACCCGAGUAUUCUGAGGACGACCUGGAAGAGGGGGAUGAGGAUGAGGAGGAUGAGUUUGAUGAGGAUGAUGUGCAGGACAGUGUUAGGAUGGGUGCACAUCACAGAGAUACGCCUGUGUACAAUCUUAGUAGUUACCCUCCUCCUCGGUACUCCAGUUGUCCCCGGCCUGGUCCUCGCGGUUUACCCUCUCCCCCUACCCCUAUCCCUUCUCCUAAGAGUGGUGAGUGGCGCAGUCCUAUCAUAGUCCCUCUUUCCCGCAUCCGGGUAUAUCCGGUAGUCAGCCUCGUCCCCCGCCCGCUCGUGCAUCUCCCCUACAUUGAUCCCGUGCCCCCUCGCGGAGGUCCCGUCUCCGCUCGAGUAUCUACACGUCCUCCCCCUCUCAUUGAUCCCGUGGGCCCUAGCCAAGGUCCCGGAUCCACUGGAGUAUCUCCACGUCCAGUUACCACUACUGCAUCAUCAGGCGACAGCAGCCAGUCGAGAGUUUCUGAUGACAUUGAUCCGACUACAUGGCUAGUGACAGAUGAAGUACCUGGUGGGCCAAUAGAUGGUAGCGUGAUUCCUAGCUUCCUUGGGCAUAUUGCUUAUCAUUUCUGGCAUGGAUACAAUAGACCCACAUUGAAUAUUUUUAAAGGCGAAAAGAUUCUGAAUAAGUUGAAGAUGUGGUAUAAAGAUAUGGAUGAUGAUGUCGAUGGAGAGUUGGUGACAGGUACGUCCGACACAGAUUUGUUGAGGGGACAUGCAGCAGGGAUACUUGGCAUGGAUAUGAAUGAUUACAAGUGGAGUCAUGGCGGUGUCUCUGAUUCGUUCAUCCUUGAGCGAUGCGAGAAAGCGGACGCGAAUACCCAGGCCAGUGCUUUCUUGUGGGUAUUGUUGGCCUCGACGUUGUUCAUGGGCAAGAGUGGUGGGAGGCCCAGAGUAUAUGACUGGAUACCACCAUCUUUUGCGGGGCCGACAUCUGUGUCAGAUCGUCUUCGUCAGGUUAGGGAGCGUCUCGACCGUUUCACCGAGUUAGAGGUUAAGUGGGAGCCAUUUGGACCUGGCCAACAAGGAAUAGUUCCUAGGACUAUCUAUAGUGGGUGGAUAAUGUAUAGGAACAUGCAGGAGCCAUACAUGCCGGACAGAUGUAUACGUCAGAUUGGCUACGUACAGAGCAUUCCUCGUUCGCUCAUGUCCCCUGCUGAUGCAUUCCGAGGACCCAGGACUACCCAGUACUUUGUACAGCAUUCUGCUGUUGACACACUCAGUACUUGGAGGAGAUUCCCGGAGUCAGCGUGUCUUAAUUUGACCAGAUGGCGAUAUAAUUAUAGCGGUGACAUCGUAGGAGAGUGUGAGGAUGGGUACCUUGAAUGGUACAGGCAGUAUUCACAUCCAUUUUUGCUGCCGAUAACUGACCCAUCUGCAGUCUCUACACCAGCUAAGAGCCGUCAGGAUUAUUGA